AUGAGGUUCGAUUUCGCCGCAGGGGUAGCGCUUGCCUGGACGCUCGUUAGUCCAAUGGCAUAUGCCAUGGCUGUACCUCGCACGAAUUCAUCGACUAAUUCAGACUCUGGACUUCUCUCGGUGUUGUCCCAAGCUGUUGGUGAUCUGUCAGUAGGACAAAAAACUUCGGAUACUGCGUCCUCGAUAUUGUCAUUGCUCGACAACCAGGCAGAUACUCCGAACAGCGCAGCAGAUGUUGGAUCCGUAAAGGAUGCGCAUGACAAAAUCAGUCAGGUUUACUCGUCUGUGGACAAAGACUCGGAUAGUCUCCUGCUGGAUCUCGUCAAAGGCCUGGUAGAGGGAGGAUUAAUUCCAUUGAAUCUAGUGAACCUGCUAGACGGGUACAUCAACAUCGACCUCAACUCAAUAUCCAACAAUAACCCUGCACCACCCUCGAAGCAAGAUCUAUACCCGAAAAAGCGAUCCGAUGAUGCGAUAUAUUCAAUCCCCGAGGAAAAGCUCCGGGCAGCCAUACAUAUCCCUGAUUCGUUCGCCUGUGGAAAGAACGGGAAAAAACCAGUAAUCCUGGUGCCAGGAACUGCAGUCCCUGCUGGUAUGACCUACCAUUUCAGCUUCAGUCAGUUGGGUAAAGCUCUCCCUAAAGCGGAUAUUGUCUGGGUCAACAUUCCCCGGGCUUCGUUGAAUGACGCGCAAACAAAUGCCGAAUACGUCGCGUAUGCGAUCAACUACAUCUCCGCCGUCAGCUCCGAUUCCAACGUGGCGGCCAUUUCGUGGUCUCAGGGUGGACUGGAUGUUCAAUGGGCAUUAAAGUACUGGCCUUCUACACGGGAUGUGGUGGAAGAUUUCAUCGCCAUCAGCCCAGACUUCCACGGCACAGAUCUAAGAUCGCUGGACUGCCCGUUACUGGACCCUCUUGUCUGCACACCAUCAAUCUGGCAACAAGGCCCGGAGACUGAGUUUAUUCAUACCUUGCAAUCCGAUGGCGGCAACUCGGCAUACGUCCCAACAACCACCGUGUACUCUACUUUCGACGAAAUCGUACAACCGAUGAGCGGACCCAACGCGUCAGCCAUCCUUUCCGACAUCCGCGACAUCGGGGUAACAAACAACCAUAUCCAAACGAUCUGCCCCAACCAGCCAGCAGGCGGGGUUUACCUUCAUGAAGGAGUAUUGUAUAACCCCCUCGCCUGGGCCCUAGCCGUCGACGCCCUCACCCACGACGGCCCCGGCGACCCCUCACGGAUCGACAUCGACACAGUAUGCGGGCAAAUCCUCGCUCCGCAGCUGCAGCUGGACGAUAUGCUUGGCACAGAGGGAAUUUUGCUGAUUGCGCUGGUGGAGAUUCUCACGUAUGAACCUAAAGUGGGACAGGAACCGUCUAUUGCCGGUUAUGCAUCAUGA